AGUAACUCUGUCUGUCUGUCUGUCUGUCUGUCUGUUCCUCUUUCACGCCUAAACGGCUGAACGGAUUUUGAUGAAAUUUGGUAUGGUGAUAGAUGAUAACCUAGAAAUGGUCAUAGGCUAUAAAUAAUCACGCCAUCGUUCUUAGGGGGUAGGCAGUAGGCAGAUAACUAAAUUGAGUUAGUGAUUUUUAGUCGUUUUUGUUGGGACUUUUGCUCUUUCACGUAUAAAAGGCUGAACAGAUCUUGAUGAAAUUUAGUAAGGUAAUAGAUGGUUACCUAAAAACGGAUAUAAGAUCAAAAUGAUCACGUCAUAGUACUUAGGGGGUAGGAAGUAGGCAGAAAACUGAAUUGAGUUAGUGAUUUUUUUAUGGUUUUUGGUGGGAGUUUUGCUCUAUCAUGCCUAAACGGCUGAACGGAUUUUGAUGAAAUUUAGUUAGGUGAUAGAUAGUAACCUAGAAAAGGAUAUGGGCUAUUAAUAUUCAUGCUAUCGUACUUAAGGCGUAGGCAGUAGGCAGAAAACUAAUUAAGUUAGUGAUUUUUAAUAGUUUGGUUUAAAAGUUUACCUCAUUCACGCCUUAACGUCUGAACGGAUUUUUAUAAGACUUGGUUAAUAUAAAGAAUCCAAAUAUCAUGGGGGGGAUGGUGGUACUUUUAGCGGGCGAUUUUAGACAGACUUUGCCGGUUAUCACUAAAGGCACCCCUGCAGAUGAAAUAAAUGCGUGUUUAAAAGCGUCAACGUUAUGGGUGCACGUAAAAACGUUUAGUCUGUCUACAAAUAUGAGAGUGCAACUACACAAUGAUGUACAAUCUGGACAAUAUGCUGCUGCUCUUCUUAAAAUUGGAGAAGAUCGUAUGGCAAAGGAUGGUAAUGGCAUGAUUACAUUGGAUCGUGAAUUCUGCAAUGUUGUGCAUAAUCCAGAUGAUCUAAAUAACUUCGUCUAUAGCGAACUGCUAACUAAUAUGAGGAAUAGAGACUGGUUAUGUGAAAGAGCAAUUUUAGCGCCGACGAAUGAAAUGGUGGGACAGAUAAACGAGCAAAUUAUGUCACGCGUGGAAGGUGAUAUUGUUGAGUUUCUCUCUGUAGACACUGUAAUGGAUACUGAACAAGUAACAUCAUACCCUGUAGAAUUUCUUAAUUCUUUAGAACUGUCGGGAGUACCUUCACACAAACUGAGGCUGAAAGUAGGCGUUCCUGUCCUUUUAAUGCGGAAUUUAGAUGCACCAAGACUGUGUAAUGGCACACGGUUGCAAGUGACACACCUCGGUCGCAAUAUUGUAAAAGCAAUCAUUAUGACUGGAAUGGCAAAAGGAGAGAACGUUUUAAUCCCCCGUAUACCCAUAAUUCCGACAGAUUUGCCAUUCCAGUUUAAGAGAUUACAGUUUCCGCUGAAAAUCGCAUUCGCUAUGACGAUAAAUAAAGCUCAGGGGCAAACAUUAAAAGUAGCCGGCAUUAAUUUAGAAAAGAGUUGUUUUUCUCACGGACAAUUAUACGUGGCUUGCUCACGUGUUUCAAGUCCACAGAAUCUCCAUGUGUUGGCCAGAGAGGGAAAAACAAAGAACAUAGUUUACAAAAAUGUACUACAGUAAUAAGGCCUCUUAUUUUUAGCUUCCUACAUUAUUAUACUACUUACAUUAAGUUAGUACUUCCUACGCAGACGAUGUUACGGAUGUCACACUGUCUAACAUCGGGGGUUGGCAGGUAGGUAGUUAGUAGUAUUUUAAACCGAUUUACAUUAUUUACUUUUUAUAUUUACUAAGGAAACAUUCGGAGCUAUCCAUUAUGUAGCUUAGGUUGCUUUUGAACAAAUUUUGAUGUGAAGUUGAGGACUGGAACACGAUAGUGGCACAUUGUUGCAGGGGGACUUAUAGCCGGGAGAAAACAAAAAAACUUAUGCGGACGAAGUCGCGGGUAAAAGCUAGUAAUUAAUAAUUUAAGCAUAAGUAAAUGUUUAUUAUAUCCAUUGGAUAAUCUUUUAAAUGUCAUAUUAUGAAUGAAUAUCAAUGAUAUAUGGAAUAUGGAAUUGCUAUCCCACAAUUCACACAGCGAUCCAUAAUUUCAACAGUAUCCAAUGCAACAAUUUCAAGUCAAACGUGUGAGCGAUCUUCGGUGUCCAGUGUAGAAGCAAUUGUCGUACAAGGCUGGCAGAGUUGGAAUCCGUUAUAAUAAAGCAGUGAUCGUUGAAAAUAUAAAAAGAGCCCGAUACAUACACACUCAAAAUGCGCCGAAGAUACAAAACGAGUAGAGCAGAAAAAACCAACAAGCGCCAAAAAAUAAUUGUAUAAUCUAUGAACAAACGUCAUGUCAGCUUACUGUCAAAGCUGUCAUCAAAAAUACAAUCGAUUUUAAUCGAUUUGAAAUCGAUAAUCAUAUUACUUUGUUAAGUAAUAAUAGACUUUUUCUUCAUUUAUGUAUAUAAUCGCAAUUAAAUCCGGCGUAUACCGCCCUUGUAUACAACAAGUAUAAAUCGCUCAUUUAAUUACUUUGCAUUAAUUACCUAGUGCAAUGUUUUUCUUUUUAUAAUCCUGUAAUCGAUUAAUUAAAUCGAUC